AUGGAUGAGCUGCUUCCAACCCAUGAACCCGGGACGGACUUCACAAAACUCUAUCCAGUCAGAAGUCCCAAUCCGGGGACUGGGAUUGAGCUUGCAGCCAAAAAAUUGUCGUACAGAACCCUGCUGGAGUCUCAACCGUUGGCAUGCCCAGAAAAAUUGUACAAAGCUCUACCCUACGUCGCCCAACUCCACUGCUCCCAUUCGACUUUGCACCAAUCCAAACUCAAAAGGAAAUUGAGAAACCGUGACGUGCCAAGCUGCUGCAAGCGCAACGCAUUGAAGCAGAAAGGCAACGCCAAAGACUCAAAAAGCAACGUCGCAAAGAAGCAGCGCGUGCCUGGGAAAAUGACGCCACCAUUGCAACAGCAACUGCCAAGGCAGUGUCCCUUCCCGUCACCAUCCACUCUGCACAUCUUGGCAAUUCCCCCAUCAACCCCUAUGGUGACUGCCGUCCAGGCUCCAGUGUCUCUGGAAAAGUCCUCCACUCCCCCCCCCCCCCCCCCCAACUGA